CAUUGUAUUUUUUUAAUUUCUUCCCGAUAUUCUCUUGUUUUUUAUGUGAAAUAUUAACUAAAAUUAUUAGAAAAUAAUUAAUAAAACUGAAAAAAAUGCCCGAAGAAUCAAAGGAAAGUAAAGCCAAGAAAUUGGCAGCGGCUAGAAAAAAGUUAAAAGAAUAUCAACAACGUGGCUCAGCCCCUGGUACUAAUGCAGCUGGCUCUUAUGCCGAUUCUGCUACCAAUAGCGGUCAUGUUAGCAGCAAUAUAUCGGAAAGAUCUGAAUCAGAAUUACAACUAAAUGGUAGUUGUAACGAUAUAAAUAACACGGAUAUUGUUGCUGAAUUAGAACAAGCCGCAGUGGUGCAGAAAGAGGAGCUUUUACAAACAGAAAAUGUUAAUUAUUUUGCUAUGGAUCCUACACCAGAACCAGCUGAAGGCAUUAAAGCAGAACUUAGUGUUAAGCCAGAUAUGUUCUCGGAGGAAACAUUUACAGAGGGAACACAAAACAUCAAUGCCAUACAAGUUUUAAUUACGGAAAAAUCCCAAUUGACUAUGGAAGUAAAUAAAUUUCGUACUUUGUGCCGUGAAAAAGACUUGGAAAUGGAAGAACUAAGGGUCCAACAUAAUAAUGCCACAAAACGUGUCGAGGAACUAACACAGCGUCUGCUGGAUAUACAAAAACAACAAGAACAGCAAAGACUACACAAUGCCGAGCUGCAGCAUAAAUUAGCUCAAGCUAGAGCUGUACAGGAGGAUCACGGAAAUCACAUCAAUGAGCUGCAGCAACAGUUAACUAUGCGCGAUGAGAGACUGAAACAAUUGGAUGCAGAUUUUAAAGAAAAAUCCAAUGAAUUAGAGAUGAGUCAAUUACGCAUACGGCAAUUGUCCGAUGAAAAUAAUAUUACCAAAGAUAAUCGUGUCGAGACCUUGACCCAAACACAAUUUAUGUACGAACAACAAAUUAGGGAUCUACAGGCCAUGGUGCAACAAUUAACACAAGAUAAAGAGCAGGCCAAUACACAAUAUCAAACCUAUGUCCAACAAUUAAAUGCCCAAGUCCAACAGUUGACCGAACGUAAUACAGAGCUAAUGGACGAGUCCACAAAAUUGCAAGAAAGAGAAAAGCAAUGGCUGGAUCAUAUACAGCACAUGGAGAAGGAGAUACAAAAAAAUAUCAGCAGGCAGGCAGAAGUUAAAGAGGAAAAAGAAAAGGAAUCUUCCUCAGAAACUAACAAUGAACAAUUGAAAACAUUACAAGAACGUUUGAAUGAAUUCGAGGCGGAACGUUAUGAAUUCCAAUUGAAAAUUAAAUCCCAAGAGGACCGUUUAAAUUCACAGCAACUUGAAGUGAAACAAAAAGAUAUAGAAUUGGAACAACUGAAAGAGUAUUUGGAAAAUAUUACCUCCGAACAGCCGGAUAAAACAAAACUAUUGGCCACCAUGGAAUCGGAUAAAGUGGCUGCCUCACGAGCUCUUACACAAAAUGUUGAAUUGAAAAAACAAUUGGAUGAGCUGGAACUACGAUUUGUACAAUUGACCAACGAUAAGGCGGAUCUUAUGAAUCGUUUAGAUUCCGAGCAAUAUGCCAAUCGUGAAAUGCACACAAAUUAUGCUUCAAUGGAGGAGCGUCUAAGGACCAUUGACGAACGUUUUAAGUUCAAAGAUGAGGAAAUGAUACGUCUGUCGCAUGAAAAUGAAGAAUUGAAAAAGAAAUUGGAGAAUAAGAUUUAUUAUAACGAAGAAAACGAACGAGAUGAUGUAGAACAUCAUGAUCAUGAACACAAUCACGACCAUCAUGAUCAUCAUCAUGACGAACAUGAUGAAUGUGAUCAUGAUCAUCAGCAAGGUCACAAUGAAGAGCAUAAUCAUCAUCAUGCUCAUAGUGAAGAGCAUAAACAUGAUCACCAUGAGCAUGAUUGUCAUGAUCACCAUGAACACGAUCAUCAUCAGCAUGAACCAAAACACAAUGAAAAUCAUUCAGAUGAUCAGGAAUCUUGUCAAGAAGCUACUGAAGACAACAUUACAAACUAUACACAACUUCAAACACCUAAAACCCAUAAAAAACCAGCAAAAUCCCCAACUAGCACAACUACAACGCCACGUAUUGCCACCGAAGAAGCUGUUGAAAAGUUACAGCAACGUUUUACCCAACUAAUGACACAGUGUGCCGAUCUAACCGAUGAGAAACAGCGUCUCGAACAUUUAGUCAUGCAGUUGCAGUCGGAAACCGAAACUAUAGGCGAAUAUAUAGCCCUCUAUCAGAACCAGAGACGUAUUUUGAAACAGCGUGAAUAUGAGAAGGCGGCACAAACAGCCAUGCUACAGGCUGAACGUGAAGAAAUGCGCGAACGCUUAACAUUGCUUAAUAAUCUAGUAAAUAGUUUGGGCAUGGAAAUGCCACAAAAUCAACACUUGAAACAACAAAUUAACGAAGCCUUAGCACAAAAUGUUGCCAUAGAUGUGACCAGUCAACACAAUGAAGCCCAAGAGCUAAAUAAUAGUGCAGAUUUAGCGAGUUUGAAAGCCUUGGAUGCCCCUGCUAGUGUUCCUGCAUAUCAAACACCCACAAAAGAUUUAAAUUCUAGCGAAUCUCAACAGAUUCUACAUAAAAUACAAGAUAUUAUAACGGAAAUUAAGGAAAAUACCAAAGAGUUGCCGACAAUAACACAUUCGGUGGAUCAUUUAAAUUGCUGUUCGGGUAAAUUUGAGGUGGUUUAAUUUUUUUCUAAUAUAAUUAAAGUGUUAGUGCGUAAAACAAGUAAUCAUUCUUAUGUAAAUAUUUAUAAUUUGUACAACAAACAUAAAGGGAGAAAAUCAUAAAUUUAUUUAAUAAUAUGCUUUGUUAAAAAAAUAAAGGAAAUCUUUUCAAACUAAAUAAAAACUAUAAA